GGCUCAGUGAUCCUCAUGCGUGCACGGUAUUCCCCUAACUCCGGGUUCUUCCGCUGUUUCCCCGCCUGGGACUCCCCGUGGUCACACCCUCACUGAUUAUCCGCCUGUGUCUAAUGAUGAGCCUGGUGCGGACUGCGGAGACAUUAGGCGGCUAAUGUGCGUCAGCUGGGAGGGGGUAUAAGAUGUGGGGAGUCCGCUAUGAGGAGCAGAGAGAAGCGGUGGGAAUGCAGCACGAGCAGAUGAUGAACAACCUGGAGGGGAAGGCGGUGUUCCCCUGCACCUACGCGGGCUGCCGGGCGGUCUUCAGGAAGCGGCUACGGUUACAGGAGCAUGCUGCUAAGCACGCUGGCCAGAAACCAUGGCACUGUGACAAACCAGGCUGUGGCAAGUCAUUUACCCGAAUAUCACACCUUCAGAGACACAAGCAGAUUCACAUGGGUGUGAAGAAAUAUAGCUGUCCAGCUACUGGCUGCAGGGCUGCUUUUGUGAGGAUGAAGACUUUAAAACGUCACCAAAAGUACAAACAUGGAGCAGUAGCACCACUGAAGUGCUCUGUACCAGGAUGCUCCCAAACCUUUCAAAAGAAGAGUGCUUUAAAAUGCCAUGUGUCUGAGCACACUGGAGUGCCCCAGCUUGUGUGUGAUCAUGCAGGCUGUGAAUGGAAACCUCACUCUGGUGCCAGUCUUGCAGCCCACCGUCGCCGCCAUGCAGGAUACCGCUGCCCUUUCCAAGGAUGCCAAACUACAUUUCCAACGUGGACGGCUUUGCAGAAACAUCGUAACAAGCAUCCAUUGGAUCUCCAGUGUACAAAGUGUAAGAAGCCAUUUAAAAAACGGAGCACUCUGUGGAGACACAAAGCAACCCAUGUGGAAAGACGUAUCUCCUUGACCUGUCCCCGAGAAGACUGUCGGCAAACCUUUACCACCAUCUUCAACCUGACGCACCACAUACGGAAGAUCCACCUGUGCUUGCAGACCUACCAUUGUUACCAUGCUGGCUGCAGUCGCACUUUUUCUAUGAGGGAAAGUCUGAUACGACAUCUUGUUGUUCAUGACCCUGAUAAGAAAAAGCUGAAGCUUCGGUUCAAUCCAAGAUCCACAAAGAAGAAUUUGAGAAGAGCCCCUCGUCCACAACCCUCCUUAGAGCAGGACCUUAGCCGGCUUUUCAAUCAGAAACUUAUAUUCCGCUACAAGGCGCAGUUGGAGAGCAACCUCUCCAGCCUCUUUAAUGAACGAAAGUUCCGCGUACCUGCUCUGCCAGAAGCAAACCUAAGCAGCCUCUUCCAGCAACUUCCUCUGGGUGCCAGGGCAGAGAAAACUGCCUGAAGCUGACAAGGCAAAGGAGGCCAUAGUCUGUACCUUUGCUUUAGGUGACUGAUCAGUUGCCACACUUGUGUUCUGUUGAGGCCUGUAAUGGAUAUCAUUUUUCCCCCCCCCCCCCAGCCUUUUAAUUGACUGGGGGGAUGCAGCCCAGCUUAAUGAUGCAUAUAUUUUGUGAAGUGUUAAUACAGAGUAUUUAUAAUUUUGUGAAAUGGGAAGUUCAUUUAAGAUGAUAGUUCUGGGCAGUAACUAUUUAAAAUGUUUUAAGCAAAAAUGCUUUUUUUUUUUUUUUUUUUUCCCCCCCCCCAUUUCAUACGGCAUAGCUAGAAAAUAUUGCUGUGCUUGUGAAGACAAAUUUAAUUCUGUGUGUACUUGUAAAAUUCCACUAGGUGGCACUCAUCUCUGUCUUAAGAGAAAACGUUUGUCUGUCGAAUGCUUACACUAGCACAAUUAACAUUCAGCAGCUGAUUAAUAUCUGUAUUCCUAUUAACUAUUAAGGUUUGUUUUAGAAUAAAUAUAAAAUUUAGUAUUAGCACCGUGAGACAUUCUUGUAUAAAGUAUUUGUCGAAUGCUGGUGUUAAACAAUACAAAUGUGUUAUGGCAUUGGGUUAAUCUCCACUUGCUUUUAUAAACUCCUGAAUUCUAUGGUGAAAGCAAACUUUUUUUUUUUUUUUUCUGCCCAUAUCUAGACUACCACAAUCCCAUAGCUCGUUCUGAUGUCUUGUGUAAUAUGCAUGGAUGAAUACCUGCAUCUUGUGCUAAUGUUUGCAAAUAAAUCUGAGGAAUGAUUGUACUGUG